AUGGCCACCAAAAAAGCUCGUCAAGAUUACAUUUGUCGUGUGAGAUAUCGCAAUGUGCUGCCACCGGUGCCUUACGCUCCUAAAAUGAUCACCAUCCCUUCGCUUAUCGAACGACAUGUGCCCUAUCAAUCCACAAGUCUAGUCGAACAAACACCUUACUCGCUCACAAUGGAUCAAAGCGCAGCUAUUCCAUUUGAUAAAGCCCUUGUCGAUUAUUUGGAUGCAAUGGAGAGUAACCCAGAAGAAGUAUCGAGACCUAUUGAAGAAGUUGCAGAGGAAGACAAAAUCUUGUUGACAACACCCACCGACGGACAAGGCAACAGUGGCAUGUAUACCAGAAAGCCCAAUGUUACUUGGCUGCGUCGCUCAGAAUACAUUGCGCAAGAGACUCGCGGUGUCUCCAACAGAAAAGAAGGUGUCGAGAGUAAGUUUGCCAUGUCUGGUGCUACUGCAAAGAGACGCAGCUACAACACACUGCAAGAACAGAUUGCAGGCGUUGAAAACACAUUCAAGCAGCCCGACAUCAACACACUGCAACACCCUCAAACGAAAUCAAAGGCCAAAAAGAUCACACCGCUACUACCAGACAUGCAAUGUUGGGAGAAUAUUUACACCAUUGGUCAAUUCAGUGCUGAACCAGCGGAUGAGGCGAGACUGCAAAAGAGACGAUUGAUGAUGGAAGACUUUGACACAUACAAGCGACCUCGACUGUCAGAACUAGACGCCACAGAUCGUGGUAUUCUGAGACCCAUGGUCAAUCCACACGACCCUGAAGACACCUACCUUGUCUGGUUCUUGCCAGACGGUGAAAGCACAAAGCGACUGGUGAAUCAAAAGCAGAACCCCUUGGAAGGACUAUCUGAAGAUGUGCUUACCUACAAUGCUGUGUGUGAUUACGAGUACAAGAAUGACGCAGGAUCCAGCAGCAAAUACAUGCUUAUUUCGAUCCACAACGAUGAUAUGGGAGAGAGAGCCGUAUACUGUCCUAUCCGAAGCAAGAUGGUGGUUCGCAAGAAGAGAGCUCAGAGUGCAAAAUUCAAAUAUCUGGAUGACUAUGAGAAACCCAAUGUUUUGACGGUUACUUACACAAAAUAA